AUGGGACUAGAGGCUUGCAACGUGCCCAUGGGUUUUAAAUUUUAUGCAAAAUACAGUAAUAGAAAAGAGUCUCCUGAUUCCGGAGGAAAGCCUAGUACGGUAGCGCCAGGUAGGACGGGAUUGCAGGAGUCAUAUAGGCUACCGAAACGGGAAAGGACUAGGAUGGCGAUCUGUACUUAUAACGCACGUACGCUUGCAUCGGAAGCGGCCGUCGAAGAUCUGAUGAUGCAAGCCAAGAAGAUCAAGUACGACGUCAUCGGACUGACCGAGACGAGACGACGUCACCCUCUCAACGCCGUGUAUGAAACUGGAGAAGAACUGUUCUUAGGAACAUGCGACAUUAGAGGUGUUGGUGGAGUUGGCGUCCUCGCCAACACGAGUAUUGCAAAGAACAUCGACUCUUUCGAACAAUUCUUUCGAAUCGGACGUCUGCGGAUGAGAAGAUGUGGUCCAACACCAUCUUUGACUAUCUUCGUCGCUUAG